CUACGGUCUGCUCAAACGACUGCUUGUACAGCGAAACAAACAAGGCUUGCCCUAUUCGUGAUUACAUUUUGUUUAUAAUGGAGGAGCUGAUGAAACAUUUAUCCAAAAUAAGGAUACCGCAGAAACACGAUAAAAUAUACAAGGAUGAGUGUGUUUAUUCUUUCGAUACUCCUGAUACUCCUACUGGACUGUAUGUUAAUUUUACCACGUUCUUGGGAUUAGGUCAAGAUUAUGUACAACAUUACUAUCAAUUAACAGAAAAUCCUGUAUUUUUACACAUUAAAAGAAGAAGAAAAGAGAUUCCUUCUAAACAUCAAGGAGAUGGUCCUGAGAAGAAAAUUACUAGAUUAGCAAUAGGAAUAACAGAUGGAUUUACACCAGAUCAGCAAACAUAUACUUAUCAUGAAUCUUAUCAAAUUGUUAUUCUACCAAAUUUCACAACAAUACCAUACCCAACAGACAACUUGCCACAAGAAGUUGAACUUGCAAUUAAAUGUAUAUUAGAGGCAGAAUCUGCAACAAAACUAGCAGAAAUAGAAGCACUAUCUGGAACUUGGGAUGGGGAAAUAAAAGCAGUUUCAAAACAUGCAACAAAUCUUAAACAAUUUGAUAAUGGAAAAAAGAUACUUCCAAGUGGAUGGAAAUGUGAAAAAUGUGAUUUAACUCAAAAUCUCUGGCUUAAUUUAACUGAUGGCAGUAUACUUUGUGGACGUAAAUUUUAUGAUGGAACUGGAGGAAAUGAUCAUGCAGUUGAACAUUAUCGAGCUACUGGUUACCCUUUAGCAGUGAAAUUAGGAACCAUAACUAAAGAAGGAAAAGGAGAUGUAUUUUCAUAUGAUGAAGAUGACAUGGUUGAAGAUCCAAAUUUAGUAUCACAUUUAGCUCAUUGGGGUAUUAAUGUUGCUCAAAUGGAAAAAACUGAUAAAUCCAUGGUAGAGCUUGAAUUAGAUCUCAAUCAAAGAUUUGGUGAAUGGGUUGCACUUCAAGAAGCAGCAAGUAAAUUAACACCUUUGUAUGGUCCUGGAUAUACAGGACUUGCCAACUUAGGAAACUCUUGUUAUAUAAAUAGUGUGAUGCAAAUGUUGUUUAUAAUUCCAGAUUUUGUUAAAAGAUUUGUAGAUGGUGCACCACAGAUAUUUCAGCAGAAUUAUAUUGAUCCACCAAAUAAUUUUGAGGUUCAAAUGGCUAAGCUUGGUAUUGGUUUACUUUCUGGUAAAUAUUCAAUUCCACCAAAUACGAACAACGAAAACGAAUCACGUCAGGGUAUUCCUCCGCGGAUGUUUAAAACGUUAGUUUGUCGUGGACAUCCUGUAUUUUCUUCAAAUUGGCAACAAGAUGCGCAAGAAUUCUUUCUUCACAUCUUAAAUAUUAUAGAUCGUCACAGUCGCCAUCAACCGAAUCCUACUGAUUGUUUGAAAUUCAAAGUUGAAGAAAGGUAUCAGUGCAAUCGUUCUAACAAAGUAAAGUAUACCUAUCGUCCAGAGUACUUAUUACCGCUUCCAAUACCUGUAGAAGCCGCUGUAAACAAGGAUGAAAUCAGAGCUUAUGAGGCAUUAAAAAAAGAAACUGAGGCAAAAGGACAAAAGUUAGACUCAAAUACCCUUGUCAGACCACGUAUAAAACUUUUGUCUUGUCUGCAAGCAUUUAUUCGGUCAGAAACAGUAGAGCAAUUUUAUAGUUCUGCUCUAAAUGAAAAAACUACAGCACAGAAAACAACUAGACUUGCUACUUUUCCGGAUUAUCUAUUAAUCCAUUUAAAAAAAUUCACAAUGAAAGAAGAUUGGACACCUACUAAGUUAGAUGUUGCAAUUGAAAUGCCAGAUAUAUUGGAUUUAAGUUCUCUUCGGGGUUCUGGUCUACAACCUACCGAAGAAUUAUUGCCAGAAACAGCUGAAGCUCCACAACCAAAUUAUGAUUCUGUUAUGUUGACUGCAUUGACAGAUAUGGGAUUUCCACCAGAAGCUUGUAGAAAGGCUUUAUAUUUUACAGAAAAUCGUGAUUUAGGAGCAGCUACUUACUGGUUAAUGGAACACAUUGGAGAUUCAGAUUUUGCGGAUCUCUUCGUGCCUCCUGGAAUCGACGUGAAGCCAGAAAAAGAUAAAUUUAUGGCAAAUGAAGAUGCAGUGACGAUGGUAAUGGGAAUGGGCUUUACAAGAGAACAAGCAACGAAAGCUCUCAAAGCAACCGAUAAUAAUUUAGAACGUGCAGCAGAUUGGAUUUUUAGUCAUCAAGCCGAAUUAGAUGCUUUAGAAAUUGAAGACGAACCAGGACAUUCCGAGGAGAUAUUUAGAGAUGGAAGCAAUCAAUAUAAAUUAGUAGGAUUUAUAUCACAUAUGGGUACAUCAACAAUGGUAGGACAUUAUGUGUGUCAUCUUCUGAAAAAUGAUCGAUGGGUGAUAUACAAUGAUGACAAGGUUGCAUUAUCUGAAAAUCCACCAAAAGAAUUAGGAUACAUAUAUCUAUAUCAACGCAUUGAUUAG